UGGAACAAGCUUGACUACUGUACACGUUGUUAUAUUCACUUUGUUCAAGAGUGAUACACUUGAAAUUCGAUGGAGCUUAUUCCAGGAAAAGCAAUCAAACCCAUGCAAUUAUAAAACACAUUUCUAUUUGAAAUAAUGACCAUUUUACAGAUGGGAUUAUUUACUUAUGUGUAUGUAUGACUCCAGUUCCUUUUAUUUGCUUUGUCAAAUCAUGUACCAUCCUUUCAGAUUUUUUUACCUCGUCAUGCAAUAACUGGUGGAGGUCACCUGAGCCAUGGCCAAACAGGACUCCCCACUGUUCUUCCACGACUUUGACCUGGGGGACGUCUUCAUAGACCCCCGGCCCUUGGGCAGCGGGACCACUGGUCUGGUUCUGUCCGCUGUGGACAAGCGCAGCGGCCAACGGGUGGCUGUGAAGAAGCUGGCGAUGCGUGACGUGGUCAGCGUGAAGCACGCCCUGCGAGAGGUCAAGAUCACGCGGCGCCUGCAGCACGAGAACGUGGUACGCGUGCACGAGGUGUUGGGCCCCUACGGCCGCCCGCUUCAUCGCGACCCAGCCCAGCUGAGCGCCCUGUACAUCGUCCAGGAGUGCAUGGAGAUGGACCUAGCUCACCUGCUGGAGCAGGGGCCACUUCCUAGCGGGCACACCACUCUGCUCUUCUACCAGCUCCUUCGAGGCCUCAAGUUCAUCCACUCAGCCAACGUGCUGCACCGCGACCUCAAACCAGCGAACAUCUUCCUCAACACAGACCAGUUACUGCUCAAGAUCGGCGACUUUGGCCUGGCCAGAAUCGUUGACCCACACUACUCCCAUAAGGGCUACCUGUCAGAGGGCUUGGUGACUAAAUGGUACCGGUCUCCACGCCUGUUGCUCUCUCCCAACAACUACACCAAGUCCAUUGAUAUGUGGGCAGCUGGCUGCAUCCUGGCAGAGAUGCUAACAGGCCGCAUGCUCUUUGCAGGAGCCCAUGAACUGGAACAGAUGCAGCUGAUCCUGGACACGGUGCCUGUGUUGAGGGAAGAGGACCGCCUGGAUCUUCUGCAGGUCAUGCCCACUUAUGUCAGCCAUGGCUGGAAGGUCAAGAGGUCAUUUAGGGAGCUGAUCCCUGAGGUGGAGGUGGAGGCAGAUGCCAUUGAUUUUCUGGAGCGUAUCUUGACCUUUAACCCCAUGGACCGGCUGACGGCAGAAGCGGCCCUGUCCCAUCCCUUCCUGCAGCAGUACUCAUUUCCUCAGGACGAGCCCAUGUCGCCCCAGCCCUUCCGCAUAGAGGACGAGCUGGAUGACAGCCUAAUCACGGAGCCUGGUCACAGCCAGGCCUUUAGCUCUCACUGGGACAGGUAUGAGACCAGCCUCUCAUCAGACUUCUGCUGGCAGCAGCAGGGUGGGUGUCAGUGCUUGCCUGGGGUCUUGGAGGUGGGUGACCCAGAGGAGGAGGAGGUCCUGAGGGAUCCCAAGGCAGGCUCUAACCCCUUGUUGGAGGAGGCCCAGGUGGACCCUCGCAAGUAUUCCAACAGCAGCUCUGCCGAGCGCUUCCUGGACCACUCCCACUCCUCUCUGGAGCGUGCUUGUGGGGGCGCGGCCUAUACUGAGCUGGACUGUGACCGUUCCUGUGACUACAAAGUGGGCUCUCCUUCCUAUCUAGAUAGGAUUGCGUGGAGGGAAGACAAACCGCAGCACUACUCUGAGCCCAAGCUGAUCCUGGACCUGUCUCACUGGAAGAGGAACAGACAGCUGCCGGUGCCUGAGCCUAGAGUGGCCAGUGUGGAGGAGCUGCCUGUGGAGGAGCCGCCUGGGGACCUGUUCCAGGAGAUAUCUCGGUGGGUGGAGAGCACUCAGUCUCGCCUCCACUCCCCCAGCCUGCCCCAGGAACCCCUGCCUUACUCCAGUUCACCCCCGCUGCCCCUCUCUCCCACUCCCCUCCCCGCCCCCAUCUUCCACUGCUGUUCGCCGGUCCUACGGCCCUCAGCUGGACUGGAUGAGGACGACACACUCAGCCCACCUGCCUCAUCCCGCUCCCCUCCCUCUCUGUUGCCCUCUUCUCCUCCGUCAAUGUCACCUCCGAUUCCUUCGGCGGUCCAUGAGCGCCUCCAGAUGCUUCCCUCCAGGGGGCAAGAGGGCCCGUUUGACCUGGAUGUGUUCAUCACAGCCCUGAAGCUGUGUGGUCAGAGUGAGGACCUCGGUGGAAACGCAGACGGGGCCAAACAGGCCAACAUCAAUGGCGUAUCCAGGCUUCCAGAGCGCAGACCACCCCCACGUCAGACUCCCAACUCCUGAAAGGAGCUGGGUCCAAGGCUAACGCAGAGAGUACUGGUAGACUGAAUAGUGAACGCAUGUAGAAGGGGAAAAAAUGAAGUUGCACAUGAUUUAAUGGGUACAUUUGUUUUUUUCUUUACCCAUAAAUCAUUGGGGUGUGCGACUUUCUUUUCUUUUUUUCAUAAGUAAGCGUUGCCUUGACACUAACCCUGCUCACUUAAACCAGUGGUGCUGCUACUUUGUUCAGAGCUACUUUUACUGUAUGUUACAAGAAUAAGAGGAGAGUGAGGUGUGGAUCAAGUUCCAUUUGGUACUGUUCGAACAACUUAAGCUUCUGGUGGGUUUGCUACUGCAUACAGUAUGUCAGUGUGGUCACUGCUGUAAAUGAAUGUACGUUGUACAGCCUAUGUUGCAUCAACGCAGCGGUGUGUACGCACUACAAGAAUGCCUGCAAAGGAUCAACAUUUGGUUGGAGAGAGGAACUCCCGGGUAUUCCAUCGCAGAAUAGGUUGAAGAGAAAGCAAUCGGCUCUUUUUGGUUUACAUUUUUGUUGAAAUGACUCUUUUAAACAUAACCCUUUUUGGUUGUUAAGAUAUCUUCCGAAUGAGAGUAGCUAUACAGUAGGUCUUCCUGCCGCAAAUAGCUAUUUAGAAUUAUACGAAUAUCUUCCAUUUAGCGGGAAGUAUUUCCUAUAAAGACAGGGGACUGAAUGUAUUUACAGGUUCACGUCUUUGCAUAACAACAGUUAUCUCUGGUCCAGGGAGUUACCGCGUGUUCCUCCAAUAAAGAAAGUGUUAGUGGAGGAACACUCACUAAUGACCUGGACCAGAGUUAAAGAACAGAUAAAGGGAGAUGACCCCUGGGAAUCCUAUGAUGUUGAUACAUUUGAACGUUUUACUGUUGACAAUUGUAUACAUUAAACUACUGUUUCUUACAGUAUCUUCCAGAUGCCUGUAAUUGUUUGUCGACAGUUUAAGGUACAGCUUUUGUGGAUUUUUUGUGUGUUCAUUAUUUAUCUGAAAAGGAGUGCUCUCACAGUAAUACAGUAAGAUAUCUGUAUAGCUUUUGCACACCCAUGUUCUCACGGCAGGGAGAUAUAAACGGAACAGUGACAACUGUAGUCAGCCUGUAGCUGAUUGUCAUCACCAGGCUGACGUCAGAAAGCCUUCGGAAUAGUCAUGCACAAGGAGCAGCAGCUAAAAGGUCACACACUCAUCAAGCACUCUAAACUCCUUGGCAGUGUCCCAAACGACACCCUAUUAUUCCCUAUUCCCUUUUGACCAAAGCCCUUUGAGGAUUAAAGGCUCAGUAUGGUGAAAAAUGUGAAUUGCCUGUGUUUUUAUAUAUAUUUCUGCAAU